GAAGCACAGAUGAGACAAGGACGCGUGUUCAGUCACCAUGUCCCCGCUGGUCAGCUCGCCUCACUGGGCCGCAGCCCCACGGGGCGGGACAGGCUGGGCCGAGCAUCCCCCCUCACGGGGGGUCUGGCCCACCCCACGGAACUUUCUAGCUCCCCACACGUCUGCUCGAUGGUGCCACAUCUGGCUCCUUUAUUUUCUCUGAAGCGCGCCCGUCCCCAUCGCUGGCCCCAAGAAUGGAGACUGAGCAAACGGGGUUUCAGGUUUCCAGCGGGUGGUGAGCCCAGCUGAAGGCAUUUCUGUUAGCAACACAACACUGAUUUUUUUUAUAGUUUAUUUCAUUUUUGAGACAGAGAGAGAGAGAGAGAGAGAGAGAGAGAGAGAAUCCCAAGCAGGCUCCACACUGACAGCAAAGAGCUCAACUCCAUGAACCUUGAGAUUGUGACCUGAGCCGAAAUCAGGAGACAGAUGCUUAACGGACUGAGCCACCAGGAGCCCCAACAUAACACUAACUUUGAUGACGACGAGUCUAGGAGGUCCACGGUCUGAGACGUGGCCACGGCCCGUGUCUCACAAACCCAGAUGGGCAGAGACAGACGUUAGAAGCCACCGGGUGCCCACUUCCAACGUCCCAGACGCUUGCUGUGCUAGGUUCUGCUCUUAGCUUGGGGAGCUCCCGUCUCGCAUCGGCGGGGUUCAGACAACUUCGGGGGCUCAUUCACAAGCCCGCUCCCGGGUCUGGGUCGUGAGAACGUCGUGUGGUGUCUACGUGGUUUGGCUGGACGGGACACAAGGGUUCCCUGCACCCUUGGCCCCACUCCAUUUCUCACGGCGCUGACGGGUUCAACCAAAUGCCUCCCCCCACCCCAGUUCACCAGCCUUGCUGGGGGCGUGGGGGGCAGAAGCCCCCUCCAGACGACAAACACGGGAGAGCUCAAGGUUGUGACGUGCCCUGGGGACAACGUGUGUCCCCCACACAGAGCGUUCCUCUAGCUGGCAGAGCCCCCCUCCCCACCCCGAAAGGAGCGGGUGGAGAAAGGACACACAGUGAGUGCACAGAAGUGCGGGAGGACUUCUCCCGCGUGGCUCCUCCCGCCCCCAGCCCCGCAGCCACUGGGGAGCAGAAAUUAGCAUCAGGUAAUUAACACCAGUCCUAUACAGCCCAUUAACGGUAUUUAGGUACGUCUGGGGAUGCGCUCUCAGGUAAUGGAUACUACGGCAGAAAAAUAAUGUAAAAAUGGAGCCAAAGUGCUUUUUUGAAAAGAGGCCACUCAUGUGAGUCCAGCGGCAUUUAAGACGGCUUCCAAGGCAUUAGCAUUUCCGCCGUGAGAAAAUCGUAACGGGACAGUCCUGCACAGAGCCGCUCGACGCCCCCACGGAUCGCCACAGCUCCAGGUGACGGGCCGUGUUCGCACCAACCUUCCCCGGCAUCUCAUUACGGCAAUCAGAUCGGAGGCCGCGAACAUGGUGGAGGCACUCCUCCCCGCUCCGUCCCCUGCUCUGUUGACAGGACGCAGCACUGAGCCAGCCUGUGCCCGGCGGCUGGACCACGCAGAAGACCCUUCAUCGCCCCGCAGGUUUGCACAGCAAGUGAGGGACCUGGGACACGUCCACUGGCGAGGCCCCAGCACGGCUGUUCUGAGCACUCACGAGCCUUCAGGAAAGAGGGAACGAGACGCCAGCCCUCAAGGCCGUCGGCAGGGACCCCGGGAGUCACCCCCCCCCCCGCCCUGUGCUGGCACUCACCGGCCCCUCCCCUGAAGUUCCAGACAUGAAGAAGAUCAGGCAGGUGGGACUGGGUGGGGGGUCCCUGCAAGUUCAGAGCCCCAACUUCCCACCCCUUCCCUGCAGCUGUGCACCUGCAGCCCUGUGCGGGGACCCACGGGGUGCAGAGGGCAGGUGGAUGUGCCGCCUUCCUGCCCAGCAGAGGCCCCCGAGGUGGUGGGGAUGGCACUCCCAGAGUGGGAGCGGGGAGAAGACGGGCCAGCUCAGCCUCCCGCUCACUCCUGGCGCCUCCAGGGCAGAGACAGGAGGCCCACGCAGGCUCCCCUGCUCCAUCUGGGUCCCCACUGCUCCAUCCAGGGCCACGCCAUCACCCCGUAGCAGGGACACCACUCCUGUGUGCAGGCCCAGUGACCAGGCAGGAUCCGCGGGCCGCCCGCCGCGUGUCCCAGGGCCUGUGAGGCCUCCCGGGUCAGCAGCGGGGGUCCAUCUGCACCUCCGAUGUGAGACGGACAUCGGCCGUGUUCCAGAAGAGCCCCCGUGGCUGCACGACCAGACCCUGGGCCCUGAGCGGCCCGCCCUGCAAGUUUCCUGCCGGCAGAUGCCCCCUGCGCCCCUAAGAUGGUCCGCUCAUCGGCAAAGCGAGGUCAGCAGGGCUCAGGCCUCUCGGGAGCAACACAUCCACCUGCACGCAUGUCUGCUCCCCCCUCUCCCCAGGCACGCGUCCCCUGGAGAGGGCAAACAGCAAACGCAGCGGGCCCCAGUGAGCCCCAGGGCAGUACCACAGGGCCCAGAACCACCCCCCGGCACCGACCAGCCCCGGCCUGCGCGGCUGGGAACCCCGAGGUGAGGCGGCCGCUGGGGCUCUGUGAUACGGAGGGAUGUCAGCCAGGGCAGGGACCAAAGGAAGGUGGAACCCAGCUCCCGAGCAUUACUACAAGCCGGUCCCGGAUGACUCACUUCUCAAUUAGCCACCUCAUUAUGGGAAGAGCCUGUCACGCCUGCUAAGUGUCAGGGAAUGUUUUGACAGGAUCUCCUCUCCAGCCCAGCCAGGGUGGACGUGGGUACCGCACCAGUCUCCCCGAAGCGUGGAGGGUCCCCGCACGCGCUGUGUGCUCGGGGACACCGGCCCAUCAACAUGUGGGGCUCGCGCUGCACCAGGUGACCCGGGCGACCCACCCCCGGCUGAAAGCACACUCGAGGUGUUUGUCCGGCGACGUUCCUACUUUAUUAUGUGAACGACAGGCCAAAUCCCACUGGUCCUUCGGCCCAAAGAGCUGAAGCAGAAAACAAACAACAGUCGCUGUGAUGCGGCGGGGGAGGGGGCCGUGGCCUCCGCGUCUGCUUCGGCGGCGGGCACGAGCCCCGCCAGCCCGCGGGACUCAGCUCUGUUCUCGGCCUGGCACACGGGUCAGCACCCUCAGCUCGGGAGGGAAACUGAGGCCCAGCAGGGGAGCUGCGGGAUGUGUCUGUGCUGUGCACGUGCACGCUCACGGACACAGCACAGAGGGACGGGGCAGGGGAAGCAGCCGGCAAAGGAAGCCGAUGGGCAACGCCUGCGGAUCCCGUCUCCGUGGCUGAGAAAAUCUUUAGGAACAGCCAACCUCGACCUCUCCUGUCUUACCGAGCAGGGCGUCUCCUGGGACGGCUGACCCUGUGCGGGGCCAACAGCAGGUCUGGCUGGAGACACACAGAGUCUGUCCACUCUGAGCCUGGGGUCUGCAGGGAGCACAGGCACCCUGGUGGCCGGGAGGUCUGAAUGGCCCCCCGGUGUGGGCCUGCUGACCCCGGACGCCCUCUCCCUGCACAGGGCUCCUUGGCCCAGUGACAGGGCAAGAGAAGGGACACGUUGCAGCCCCUCCAGGGUAGCAGGCUCCGGCUUCCGCCAAAAGGACUGAAAUAAAGGCAUUUCUCAGCAGCCAAAGGUCCUGCCAGUGGCAGCAGAACUUUCUGGAAGGAAAUGCACUGAAGAAACACGUUCCGAUGAGCUCUAGGCGGAAAUCUCGGAGUCACCUGGAGGGACCUGACCGCCCCCCGGAAAGGAGAGAGUGAUUAAGCAAGGGGCUAGAUGACAGGAAGGGCAGGUGGGCUCCCCAUCAGCACAGGGCCAGGUCUGUUUACUACCUCCAAAUGGCGGCAUCACCAUCAUCAACACGGUUACGCGUGCGACGCAGAGAAACUGCCACGCAGACGACAGACUGCAAGCGACGGGUGAACCCUGCACCACUUCCCAGCUCUGGAAAACAGACGUGCGUGGAAACGUGUGGAGACACCUCCUGUCCCAGCCGACAGCCUUUCCAGCAGGCUGGGAAUGGCUGGGAAGGGCUGGGGAGUGCGGUCUGGGCAGGCGGAGAGGUCGAGGUCGGGCUGGGUGCUCCACAGCCUGGAAACCCCCCAACGGCCGGCCAUUCAGCCACAGAUACAGCCCUGCGGUUGUCACCCUGCCCACGCUGAGCCCCAGGCCCAGAGUCUCACUCAACAAACCAGGAAACACCGGUGUGGGUGGGUUGACUGGGGACCCACAAACUAGAACAGGGAUCCCGGCCUGGGGACGGGGGCUGGCGAUGAUGCUCAACAGCCCGCGGUGCCCAGGACGGACAGCCCCACCUCAGGGACACCCACACGUGCGCAGUGCUGGGGGCAGAAACCCCGAAGCAGGGGGAUGUGGGAAGAGACCAGUGUUCAGGGAGCUUAACCUCAGAGGCGUCAAAGCAGGAGCCACAGAAAGGAGGUGAGGGUCACGGGAGCGCCUCUGACAAUGUCCUACCAGGGACGCUUGACAAAAUACUGAGCGUGUCCUCAGGGUUCCACACUUUCUCCCUCUUUUUGUUCCCCUUUUAAAUCUUUUUAAUCAUUUCUGGUACUGCGGAAACAGAUUGAUCCUGGAGGAUCCAGCCAGUUUUCAGACAUCCUCUCCAGGCCUGUCCCCAGGCAUUUGACCACGCCCCCAGACCUCUGGCCACGCCCCCAGGCCUUCAACUCCGCCCUUCCUUCAGCCCCGCCCUUAGACACCUGACCACGCCCCCAGACCUUUGAUCACGCCCCCAGACCUUCAAUUUGGCCCAGCCCUUCAGCCCCGCCCCUAGACAUUUUGUCACGCCCCCAGACCUUUGGCCACGCCUCCAGAACUGAAUCCACUGUGGUCAAAGCGUCAGGGUGCCAGGAUCGAGGAGCGUUUGCUCCAAGAAUCAGGCAGGCCCCUAGUGGCCGUGUCAGGGCCAGAGCUCAAAGCCUAAAACAGGAUGAAGGGAGCAUUCACUGCCCGGGGCGGGGCAUUCGGAUGAACAGCACUGCACGGGGGAGGGGGAUGAGGCCGUGUGUUCAAGGGAGGCUUCCUGGAGGAGGCUCUCUCCCAGGGCCAGUCCAGCUCACGGUGCCUGCCUGCAGUCAGCAGCAGUGCAGGGUGCUACCCCUUGAGGGGACCCGGCAGGUAGUGAGGGAACAUCGCAAUGGCCCAGGCAGCCCAGGCUGUGCAGGUGAGAACAGACACACACACACCACCUUCCUAAGAAGGGAAGCCCCUGGUGGAGGCCUCGGGCCGGACUCUGCCAGAGCAGGACAGAGGCACCCGGAGUCCCACCAGCAAGGCAAGAUCUGGCUUUGGGAGGCCCGGGGCGACCCGAGGAUGCGGUGAGCGCUGAUCGCCAGAGGAGGAGAGAGGCACAGAGCUUUCGGUCAACGGGGAGCCACGGGUGGGGUGUCAGAGCGGCCAGCCUGGAGGCAGAGGCCCCGCUGAGGACGGUGUGAGGCGCCCAGGAGGGGCUGGGGCACAACAGUGAAGGCCGACCUGGAGGACAGCAAGACUCAUUUUGGAGGAAGACCGUGCAAGCAGGCCGGGCGCAGGGACGGCCGAGGCGGGGCCCCGCUGACGGCCAGGCGGGAAAGGGGCUGCGGGAGGGAACAGGGGUUCGGGGCCAGACCCUGGGCUGCGGCCUGCCGUUCUGAGGUUGGGGCUGGCUGUGACCAGAGAGGGCAAGGGUGCCAGCAGGACAGCGUGCCUGGCCCAGGCCGCGUGUGCCCUGCCCGACUGCCUCUGCUUCGUGCUGACGUCCAGUCCCCUCGGGAUGCCAGCCCAGGAAGGCCACCACAUCCACCUCUUUCCCGGGGCCCCUAAUUCCCAGUCACCGGAAUCAACGGGAGGCCGAGGCUCCUGCCUCACACCGGUGCCUGGGGCUGGCCCUCCACCGCCCCUGCCUCAUGCAACAGAUGUGGAAGGACAGCCAGGCGCCUCCGUGGGACCCCCAGGCCAGUCCCUCCACGGGAGGCCCACCUGUGGCAGGAGACCGCCAGGGACCAGGGACGGGAGGUGGCAGCUGUGGCGGGGAGAGAGCUCUCCCAGGCAGACUCUCACUAAGGGGCCACCUUCCCGCCAGGCCCAGGCCAUUCUCCGGGAUGCGGCUGGUGCGCUGUGGGGGAAGGGCCUCCCCAGACACGGGAGGAGCAGGGCAAUCUGGAGGGGUCCAGCUCACCCCGCUGGAGACAGAAGCGUUUGCACCCUUGGUCCCGGCAGCCACUUUGCCCCCAGAGCCCUCCACCACAUCCACCAGGGUGCAGGGGGAGAAGGGUGCCGCCGUCUCCCGCCAGCGGCUUGGCGUUUCUGGACAGCCUGUGCUGCCCGCCGGGAGUUUCAACUCAUGCUCCCAGGCGGGUCUGAGAAACUGCAGACCAGAGUAGGAAGGCAGCGGCCGGCCCUCGGGGAGCUGGUGGCCCUCCACCAGCUGGUGGCCGAGGGACGCCCUGCAGAAGCCACAGGGCACUGGGGCACCAGCCCCAAACUCCAGCUCCAAGGGUCUGCGGAGGGCGAGCAAGGGACACCACUAGAUUCCAUUGGCCUCCUGUGCCAGUGUGGGCCCCAGAGCGCAGCCAGUGACGCUCCCCCCAAACAAAUGACAACGGGCGGGUCCACGGGCCCUCGCCUCUCCCGCAGCUGUCGCUCCAGCCUCCGAUCCCCCCACAAGCAGGAGACCCCGAUCUGGGUCCUCCUUGUCAAUCUCUCGGCCGUCACCCACGCUCCGGGUGACAGGUGGCAUUCUGUAGAGGUCAUUAACUCCAGAGCACCACAUUUUAAUGCAGAAACGAGCCCUUCUAAAUCGGCACAGCUGCGAAGCUAUAUAAAGAAAUGGGGAUUUUAAUGUUUUGCUUUUCUUUCCUCUUCUAGUGCCACAUUAUCAUAACAUUUCCCCAUAAUCACGUCCAUAAAAGUCACCUGAAAAUACUUCAUGCCACGAAAGUUGAUCUACACGUGUCAUUCAGUGGAUGUCAAGUGGUGAGUCCCGAGCAGGAAAUUCCAGCAUGAGAUUCAGCCAGGAGGCCUGGCGCUGAGCAGACCCGGUGAGGCAGGCGGUGGGACGCAGCCUCCUUCCGGGGAUCCGCUGUCCUCUGUCCUCACUGGCAAGAGUGAGGUGCCAGAGACAACCCUGAGAGGCCGUGCGUCCCCUGUUCCCCGGAUACUGAUCCCCAGAACACUUGCCCCGAGGGUCUCUGCCCGGGAGGAUGCUUCCGUGAGUGAACCCCCUUACCUCGUGAAUGUUCGAGCAACCAGCCUGGCUAUUUCAAAUCCCACAAACAGAGGUGACUCAUUUUUAUGAAGUUGAAAGAGAGAAGCACUACAUUUUCUCUAGCCAGAAAUUCAUCAGAUAAAAACACACAGGAAGAUAGAGAAAAAAGAAAGAAAGAAAGAAAGAAAGAAAGAAAGAAAGAAAGAAAGAAAGAGAGAGAGAGAGAGAGAGAGAGAGAAAGAAAGAAAGAAAGAAAGAAAGACAGACCUUGAGAUGAGAAAUAAACUUGUGAAUGGCAUCCUUUCAUUAAGCCCGGUAUUCUUGAAUUUACCUCUCCAAGAACCCCAGAACUAAAAUUUGAACAGCAGGCAAGUAGCACAUUCUAAUCUCUCCCAACUAUGCAAUAAGUUAUAUUUGUAAAGAAAAUGCGGCAUCAGAGAGCCCACGCUCGGUUAGUAUUCUAAUGGAUUAAAAACAAUUCAGAAGUUGUCUGUAAUUUCUUCUCACCGUUGCAGCCGAGGAUGUGAGAUUUAACUCAAAGCUACAAGUUAAUCUUGAUGGGAUUAAUUGGGGAAAAAAAUCCGUGUCAGAAAUCCCUGCACGCCAGGAAUGUGUGCCCACCCGGCUGUCCCCAAGGGGGAGGGCACGGUGCUCUCCACCUUUGGACUGAAUACUGCAUACAAGGUUCAAAGUCAAGGCUUGGCGUCCUACAGCAUUCCACUAGCUCAUCAUUUUCCCCGUCUCCCUCGCCGGCGUGAUGGCCACGGUGCCGGGAGCCAGCGAGGGAAGACCACAUGCUCAGCAAGGAGCACCCGGCCGCAGUCAGACCACUGUGGUCGCCCCAGAGCGCCCCACUCCUUGUUCGAACCACAUCCGGUCCCAGCCCUCUGCUCCAGAUAUGCCAAGGGUAAGAGGACAGAGACCAGCUCUUUCUGAGCCACAAGGAAAGAGGCUUCCCCCGAUGAGAAGAUGGAGUUUCAACUUUCUCCUCCAAGCUCGACAUCCCCCAAGCCAACGAGUCCCUACGCCCCAGCCCUGCUGUCCAGAGGAGGUCCCGACACCACCACGUGUGCGUCUUCAAGAAAGCCACCGAGGACCCCCUCCCUCUCUCUGCUUUUCCUGGCAAUUCUUCCCCAAUGGGAGAAAAUGACAAGACUGUGUCACUAUAGCAACUAACCUAAUUGGUGGACUGUAGGUAUUUCUCCCGCCAGAGGGUGGAGCCCAUCUCCCUACACAUGAGUCUCAGCCCGCUGGGCCCCGCACAGCAGAACAUCCCCUAACUGAAAACCAGGCCAAGAAAUAAUCCAGCUUUCUUUCAGCAGCGCCGGAAAGUGAGCACCUUCUGGGCUGCAGAGAAGCGCUCAGAUUUAAUAGGCAGGAUAAUUGAAUCCUGCAUGAUACUUAUCAGUUUCCCUAAUUAAUAUGAUACAAAUAUAUCUGCUCCAUAACACAAAAACAUUUUGGGUAAUAAAAAUCCUGACUGAUAACAAAAACAAUUUACAAACAAGGAUGCUGACUAUUCUCAUUCAUCCCAGAUACAUCGGAAAAGAGAACGGAAAUCAAGAGAACUGUUUAAUUGGCAUUUCGUGUGCUUUUAUCCAUUCGAAAAGAAAAAAGUGUUGUUGCUUUCUUUUCUGCAGGACGGCUGUUCCACGCUAUAAAUCACGAUUAUGGCUAUUCCGGAUUUUAGUAAACUGUUUCAAUUUCUCCCAGUGCACUUCCGGUGAAAUGGGGGGUGGCUGAAAAUAUCUUAUCUUAUCGUCAAUUAUUCCAUUACCCGGAAAUAGCAACAACCACGAAAAUGUGGUUCCCGCAACCUUCCAUUAUUAAUGAUUUCUGCUCCUCCGAAUGUAACGUGUUACCCAAUGUCCUUGUCCCAGCGGAAGAGGUGUUUCCAGAACGCCAGGGAGGC